CGUUGAAAAAUUAUUUGGCACGAUAUCGUCGUUUCCACUUUUUGUUCUCGAAUAGCAAAAAGCUGAAGUUUUCACAGUUUUUGGAUACCUUCUUUUCACUGUAUUUACUAUAAAAAUUUUUACAUAAAAAUUAAUACAAAAGCUAAUAUAUUAGUGUGAUAAAACUGAAACUGCGCGCUAAAGUAAGCCGAAAACGGUUGCUGAAGUAAUAAAAAAUUGGCGACGUCAUCCAUUGAUGUACUAGGUCUACUCGCCUACGAGUCUUCUCCUCGUUUUUGCAAAUAAAUAUACUUCGUGCAUUCACUUAUAUACGCGACAACUUUUUUCGUGUAUUUUGUAGUUAAAAUCAUGGCUCAGUAAAAAUGUCUCGCCUAAAAAUUAAUAAAGUGCAUAACACUCCAUCUGGAGAAAUUUUCAUAAACCACAGUUCGCUGUCAAGGAAUUCCUUUAAUUUCAAAUUUCCCAACCUUCUUUGCCCAGCUACUAGCUGCGCUUCGUCUAAAAUAUAUUUUAAUUGCAAUGGAGAACAAAAAACCACAAAACAUUUUUGCACGCUCGAAGGCGUGUCAACCAACUGAUUCUUCUCUACGCAAAUCAUCUUCAGAUUUACAAGUCAAUAAGUGUUUACCUCGUAAUUCACGACGUCGAGAACAACCAACAACCAAUCGUAACGAUUCGCAGCGGAAUUCGAAGCAGUACUCCUCAGUUAAAGCGCGUCCAAAUGUCGAUAAACGGCCACGCCAACGCGGCGGUGGUACCGUCAAUAAUGCCAGCAACGUUAAUGACAUUUUCAUUAACGAGGACAACCUUACAUGCGCGACUGAAGAUGUUUCUGCUACCAGCACCGGAUUAGCCACGUUAGUUGAGCCGGUGGUUACCGGUGCAUUGGCAAAAAAGAAAUCUCAGCAAUAUGCUGACUACGAAUUGAACUCUGUGUACGCACCAGGGAGCAAAAAGCAGAAUUUGAAUCAUCUGCUCAAUUUUCAUUACGCUCCGCGUGACGGUGAUAACGCUUUUAGAUUUAACGUUUUUGGUCGGAACGGUGGUAGUGGCUCAACUGCAGCUACGAAACGACAAGGAGCCAAUAACGGGGCGAAUAAACGUCAUCGUUAUAAUAAAGAACAAUUCUUACAAGCUAAUUUUCAAUUCGUUGUAAAAUCUGGUAUUAAUUUGAGUGUGUCUGCAUCACCUGACAAUUUAAUCGAUUGGAAUCUUAUUGAACAAAUCAAUAUUCAAACUGAAGAGGAGCCGCAAUGUCCCAUUUGCUUGUAUCCACCGAUUGCAGCAAAAUUAACGCGUUGUGGUCACGCCUAUUGCUGGCCAUGUAUUCUACAUUAUUUAGCGCUGAGCGACAAAACUUGGCGUAAAUGCCCAAUUUGCUAUGAAGCAGUCCAUACUGCUGAUUUGAAAAGUACUACUAUUGAACAACAACGCCAGUUCAGUAUUGGUGAUGAAAUUACCUUUCAAUUGAUGCGUCGCAAGAAAGGAUGCAUGUUGAUAGAGAAAUUCGAUCCAAAUACUCAUCAAAGCAAUACAAAUAGCUAUCCGUUGAUUUCCGCCGAGAAUGAUUCAAAAAGUUUUUCGAAAUUCUUAAUUGCUAAACGCAGUGACAUUUUAAAAAUAAUCGAUCGGGAACAACGUGAAUUGGUUGCAGGACAAGACCCGGCAAGUCCGGAAUAUAUUUUCAUACAGCAAGCUUUGGACUUGCAAAAGGAGCGACGAGAGAAAGUUGAAGAAAUGAAAGAGGAUAAAGAAGAAGAGCAUUCAAAUAAAGUUGUGAAUAAGCCUCAAGAAGAAAAUGAAAAUGACGACAACAUAGGUGCUAAUAGUGCUGAAAUCCCAUCAGAUGAGAGAGAUGUUGAUGGAUCGGGAACUGAAAGCAUUAUUAGCAAUGAUGAUAACUUACUUAACACUAGUAGUCUGGCACUAUCGUCAGUGGAUUAUGAAGAAGUUCAUGCAAAAUAUUACUAUUUCUACCAAUCUGUGGAUGGACAAAACAUAUUUUUGCAUCCGUUAAAUGUGAAAAUGCUUCAAGCCUGUUAUGGUGCACUAGAACACGCACCGUUGGAAAUUAAUGCACGUGUUUUGCAGAAGGAGUACCAUUCAAUGGAUGAAGAGCAUCGUCGUAAAUUUACUUGCCUUGGACAUUUACCACUAACAUGUCAGUUUGCAGUAAUCGAGGUCGAUAUGCAGCCUCCAUUUGUAUCUAAUGAUAUACUACGUGUCUUCAAAGACGAUAUUCUUAUGCGCAAGAAAGAACGGCAGCGACGUGAACGCGAGGAGCGUCGUCGUGAAAAACACAUAAAUGAAAUUAAUGAUCGUCAAAUGGGAAAACUGAUUGCAAGCACUGCAAAUUUGAACUUAACUUCCGCACAAGAGUUUCCAACUUGGGGUUUCGAAGAAGCACUGCCCGGCAGCGAUGCAACGGACCGAAACGGCAGCAAUCCAAUUGCAUUGCCCAAGACAAAAUCACAAGCAACUUAUUCAACUGUAGCUGUAGUCGGUGAAUCGCCUAACGUAAAAGAAUACUGGCCUACAUUGGCAUCGCCUAGCAGCAGCAGCAAUAAUAUGUAUCAUGAAUUAUCAACUUGGGGAAAAAAUGUACCCACUCAAAAACCUGUUGUGACCAAUACAGCCGUUACCACGCGCACCAUAAAUUCCGAACGCUCCAGUGAAUGUGAAUCGCUUGAUGGCUAUUUCGCCGAAAGCAUUGGUUUUACAACACCAAUGCGUACGGAUUUAGGUGAUGUGCUUGCCAUGGCCAUAACACAAAAGAAGCAAACCGUUGCAGCUACAGCAAAUGCUGGUGGUAAAAAGAAUAAAAAGGCUAAAAAAAUGACGCCACUCUUCUCCACGGGCAUAAACUAUGCUGGCAAAUAAAUGAAGCUAAAGAAUUCGCUUAAAUUUACGUUAAGAUUUUUCAACAGAAAUAUACCCCCAUAACUAAACGGUGUAAUUUCAGUUAUCAAAAUGAAUUAUUACUUUUGUUUUGUUUUCUUCUUCCUUACUCUUGUAUCUGUUUGAAUUGAAUUAGUAAUCGAACAGACAAGAUGUAAUGCUAAAAUUUUAAUUUUUAUGUUGUUUAUACACCACACGUUUAGACUAUUGAAUUCAAAAUUCGCUGCUAACUUAAAUACCAUAGUGCAUAUAGUGUAUCGAAUUGCGCCAUUUAUGCAAAUAUUACAGGCAAUUAGAAUGCAAUAAAGUCAAACAAUUGGCAAAA